AGAUGUUCAUUUCAUCUAUGUUCUUAUUUCUCCAGAAAUCUGUGAGCCACAGGAGCCUCAGAUCAGGACAGAUAGAAGCAGGGGAGCAGCUGCGAUGGCUUCAGGAAUCCUGGUGAACAUAAAGGAGGAGGUGACCUGCCCCAUCUGCCUAGAGCUCUUGACAGAACCCCUGAGCCUAGACUGUGGGCACACCUUCUGCCAAGCCUGCAUCACUGCAAACAACCAGGAGUCCAUGGUCAGCAAAGAAGGAGAGUGUUACCCUGUGUACCAUAUCCAUUACCAACCUGGGAACUUGCAGCCUAAUCAGUGUGUGGUCAAUAUAGUAGAGAUGCUUCAAAAGGUCAAGUUGAGCCCAGAGGAGGAGCAAAAGACAGAUCUCUGUGAGCACCAUGGAGAGAAACUCCUGCUCUUCUGUAAGGAGGAUGGGAAGUUUAUUUGCUGGCUUUGUGAGAGAUCUCAAAAGCAAGGUCACCACACUUUCCUCAUGGAGGAUGUUGUCCAGAAGUACAAGGAAAAGCUGCAGGCAGCUCUGUACAGGCUGAGGGCUGAACACCAAGAAACUGAGAAGUUGGAAGCUGACAUGGGAUAAGAGAGGACUUCCUGGGAGAUCCAAAGUGUCCAGAAUUGUUUUAAAAAACUGAAAGGCAUCCUGGACACUGAGGAGCCGAAGGAGCUGCAAAAGCUGAAGAAGGAGGAAGGAGAUAUUCUCCAUGACAUGGAACAAUCUGAGAGUGAGCUGGUUCAGCAGAGCCAGGUGUUGAGAGAUCUCAUCUCAAAGCUGGAGCAUCGGUUGCAGGGGUCAAUGAGGAAGAUACUUCAGGUAAGACUUGGGAAGAAGCCCCAGCAUCUGAACUUGAGGAAAAUGAAGACUUAA